AUGUCCGAGGCGACUUUGCUAUCUUACACCAAGAAAUUAUUGGCUUCUCCGCCGCAAUUGAGUAGCACAGACCUACACGAUGCGUUGCUGGUUAUAUUAAGUCUUUUGCAAAAAUGUGAUACAAAUAGCGAUGAGAGUCUUUCCAUCUAUACCAAAGUUUCGAGUUUUCUCACGGCCUUGAGAGUUACUAAACUUGAUCACAAGGCUGAAUACAUUGCGGAAGCUGCAAAGGCUGUGCUCAGACAUUCCGACCUUGUUGAUCUACCUUUACCCAAGAAGGACGAAUUACACCCGGAAGAUGGACCAGUAAUCUUAGAUAUUGUAGGUACUGGUGGUGACGGACAGAAUACUUUUAAUGUUUCCACGUCUGCUGCUAUCGUUGCCUCCGGAAUUCAGGGCCUAAAAAUUUGUAAGCACGGUGGUAAAGCUUCUACAUCCAAUAGUGGAGCUGGUGACCUAAUUGGAACUUUAGGCUGUGACAUGUUCAAGGUUAAUUCAUCGACAGUGCCCAAACUUUGGCCUGAUAAUACGUUCAUGUUUCUACUUGCUCCUUUUUUUCAUCAUGGAAUGGGCCACGUUUCUAAGAUACGCAAAUUUCUUGGAAUUCCGACUGUUUUCAACGUACUGGGACCACUUCUACAUCCAGUUAGCCACGUAAACAAGAGAAUAUUGGGCGUUUACUCAAAGGAACUUGCGCCUGAAUAUGCCAAGGCAGCCGCUUUGGUAUAUCCAGGAAGCGAAACUUUUAUAGUUUGGGGACAUGUUGGGUUAGACGAAGUAUCACCUAUAGGCAAAACUACUGUCUGGCAUAUUGAUCCGACAUCGUCCGAACUUAAAUUGAAGACCUUCCAAUUAGAACCUUCUAUGUUUGGUUUAGAAGAACACGAGUUGUCGAAGUGUGCUUCAUACGGCCCUAAAGAGAAUGCGAGAAUUCUAAAAGAAGAAGUCUUGUCCGGCAAGUACCACCUUGGCGACAAUAAUCCUAUUUAUGACUACAUCUUGAUGAACACCGCCGUGUUAUAUUGUUUAAGCCAAGGUCACCAGAACUGGAAGGAAGGGAUCAUUAAGGCAGAAGAAAGCAUACAUUCUGGUAAUGCAUUACGUUCUUUAGAACACUUUAUAGAUAGUGUGAGCUCCUUGUAG